AUGAUGCUCCGCACCCCUCUCCUCCUCGCCGCACUCGCCCUCACGACGGCAUUGCCGAUACCCCACCGCGACGCCCGCGACCACGCGCACCACAAGCGCGAGCUCCCCACCCCCGGCGCGGCGGCUCCAAACCUGGCCAAACGUCACGUCGAGGUACCCGUUCCGCAAGGCGGCAGCUUCCAUAACGAGACCCACUGGUGGGUGCCCGAUACGGUGCAUCACGGUCUCGUCGAGCCGGACAGGCAGGCGGGCGACAACACGGACAUUGGGGGCCGGCGGGUGCAGAUGCACAUUGUGCAGGGGAGGGCGAAGACGAGCUGGGCUUAA